GCAUAUAUCCCAUACUCUUGAAACUGCAUUUUCUUUGAAUUGCAAAGGCAUACAAAAGCAAGGCAUCAAGCAUGGCUUUGUAUGAGAAGAACAGCCUCUGCAAAAUUACACUUCUUUUCUGCAUUUUCUUUGCUUCAAUUCAACUUGCAACACCAAGGCCAUUGGAUGGGGAAUUGUGGGGGAUGAAAGAUGAGCUUGUGUUUCCAUCUCUGCAACGGGGUCCGGUGACACCAUCUGGUCCCAACCCUUGCACUUACAUCCCCGGAGGGGGUUCGGGCAAUUGCCAUCUAAAUGGCGUGAACGUUGCUGGCCAUGUGUUUCAUAUCCCUGCAGCUGCCUUUCCCAUUGUAAAGGGCUCAAAAUCAAAUGAUCUUAAUAACAGCUCUUAAAUUGCUGAGAAACUUCAAACUUCUUUUUUCACUUCAUUCUUAAAUUUUUCCUUUUUCAUCUGUAAAUUCUUCUUUCAUUUUUGUAUGUCACAUCAACCAUUAAGUAAUGUGGGUGUGAACCAAUGUAAUUGAUGCUUAUUGAGGGAUAUAGCACAUAUUUAAAAGACAAACUAGUCUCCAUUAUAUAGCAUUUUAUUUGUUGUUUUUUUGAAUAAAUACAAUUUAGGGGC